AUAAACCACAUUUAUUGCCACAACACAAAAACAUUACUCAAUCUCCUUGUUCUAGAAAAACUCCACAUGAUGGGUAACCAAUCCUCUUCAAACAAGAUAGAAACUCUUCCCAUCGACACCAAAUUUAAGCUUCCUGCAAAUAUACCAGUUUGGCCACAAGGUGGUGGAUUUGCUACUGGAACCAUCAAAAUAGGAGACCUAAAACUGAUUCAAAUUUCAUCAUUCAACAAAAUUUGGACAACCUUAGAAGGUGGACCAGGAAACAAAGGUGCAUCUUUCUUUGAGCCGGCAGGAAUACCAGAAGGGUUCUUCACAUUAGGGCACUACAGCCAACCCAACAACAACCCUCUUUUUGGGUGGGUUCUGGUGGCAAAAGAUGACUCAUCAUCAUCAUCAAGUGAAAAUGGUGCUUUAAAGAAACCAAAUGAUUACACACUAGUGUGGAGCAGCAAGUCACAAAAGAUAAAACAAGACAAAGAUGGAUACAUUUGGCUACCAACAGCACCUGAAGGAUACAAGGCCUUAGGCCAUGUUGUCACCACCACACCUGAUAAGCCUCCACUUGACAAAAUCAGGUGUGUUAGGUCAGAUCUCACAGACCAGUGUGAGACUCACUCAUGGAUUUGGGGACCAAGCAAGAGCAGUGAUGACAAAGGUUUCAAUGUUAAUGAAGUGAGACCUAGCAAUAGGGGCAUUCAAGCCCCUGGUGUUCUUGUGGGAACUUUUUUGGCACAUAAUGGUGAAACUCCUUCCCCUCUCCCUAUUGCUUGUUUGAAGAACACCAACAUGGAUUUCUCCUCAAUGCCUAAUUUGCCCCAAGUUGAGGCACUCCUCAAAGCCUACUCUCCUUUCAUGUACUUGCACAAUGAGGAAAAGUACCAACCUGCUUCUACCAAGUGGUAUUUCACAAAUGGGGCAUUGCUUUACAAGAAAGGUGAAGAGUCCAAACCUGUGGGAGUAGAACCUAAUGGGUCUAACCUUCCUCAGGGUGGAAACAAUGAUGGUGAGUAUUGGUUGGACCUACCUCUUGACAAAGCUAACCAAAAGAAAGUCAAGAAAGGGGAUUACAAGAGUUGCCAAGCCUAUGUUCAUGCAAAACCCAUGUUUGGUGGAAUUUUCACUGACCUUGCCAUGUGGGUUUUUUAUCCAUUCAAUGGGCCUGGGACAGCCAGAGUUGGGGUCAUAGAUAUCCCAUUAGGAGAAAUAGGAGAACACAUUGGAGAUUGGGAACAUUUGACACUAAGGGUGAGCAAUUUCAAUGGAGAAUUAAAGAAGGUGUAUAUGUCCCAACAUAGUGGUGGUAAAUGGGUUGAGGCUCCUCAACUUGAGUUCCAAAGUGGGAACAAAUCAGUGGCUUAUUCCUCCUUAAAUGGCCAUGCCAUUUACCCAAAAGCAGGAGUUGUGAUGCAAGGCCUUGAUGGGAUUGGAUUAAAGAAUGAAACUUCCAACAAAAGUGAUAUGGUGAUUGACAUGGGGGUGGGAUUUGAAAUUGUUGCUGGUGAUUAUUUGGGGUCACAAAUUGUGGAACCACCAUGGAUCAACUAUUUAAGGCAAUGGGGUCCAAAAAUUACCUAUGAUGUUGCAAAGGAGUUGGACAAGUUAGAGAAGGUUUUCCCUGCUUUGCAAGAGCUUGAAGAAGUUUUGCCAAAUGAGUUGUUGGGAGAGGAGGGACCCACAGGACCUAAGCUCAAAAGAAAUUGGAGUGGUGAUGAAAUUGAAUCCAAAGACUAAGACUUGGUGGCAUUAUUCACACCAAGCAUUGAAAAACUAGACUUUAGUUCUGGUAUUGGUUGCUUGUAAUCUUCUGUAUUGUUUGUCUUCAUUAUUUGCAAGGUUCACAAACAUGUGUUACUAUAUAAUAACCGACAAAGUUUAUCAUUGUUGUAUUUGCAUGCCAGCUUGUUCAGUUGUUCCACCACAACAUUAAAACCCACGUGAUAUUAAUUUUUCUUCACAUAGGUAGAAGACAAGAAAAUGGAUAAGAUUUUUGUGUACAGUUGUCUUAUAAUGUCGGUGCCAGUUGGUGCGUGCAAAUUUAUUAAAUCAAUGUUAAGAAUGUA